AUGCGUUCCAGUAUUUGGAAGAGGCCUCCACCUGGGUGGUUGAGUGUUUGCUUAGAUGGAGCUUUUGAUCCCAACACAAUGUCGGGUGGUGUAGGGAUAGUAGUUAGAGAUUGGCAUGGUAACUUUCAUUCUGGGACGGCCUGUAGUAUUGCUCAUGUUUCGUCUCCAGCGCACAUCGAAGCCAUUGCUGGGCUUAUAGCUUGCCGCUUUGUACUUGAUCAUGGUCUCUCCCCUGUCAAGUUUGAGACGGAGUCAGUUCAGCUGGUGCAAGCAGUCUCAUCACCGUCGCGGUCAUCUGAUCAUCUGCAACUAGGACAGAGUUAUGAAGAUGUGGCUGACUUGUUUAUGCAAUUACCAGGUUGUUCCUUCACUCGCAUCUUUCGUGAAGGUAAUGAAGCUGCCCAAAAGUUGGCUCUUUGGGCGUCAGCGUCUCAACCUUGUAACAUUUAUUUCUCUUCAACUCCACCUAUUCUUGAGGAAGUAAUCUCUGCAGAUCGAUUCUACUUCCAGUCCACUUUCCUUGUUGCUUCUUCAGAAUCUUAUGAUAUCUGGUUGACUGCUUCAGUAGAGCCUAACGUAUAG